AUGGUGAAGAUCGAAGUUGGAAGUGUGGGUGACUCAUUCAGUGUAUCAUCUCUAAAAGCUUACUUGUCUGAGUUUAUCGCAACUCUUCUCUUCAUAUUUGCCGGUGUUGGCUCUGCUAUAGCGUUUGACAAACUAACCUCUGAUGGAGCCUUGGACCCGGCUGGGCACUUAAAAUGUUUGGACCGGCACUACCCAACAGUGACUCUUGGCCUUGCCAUCGGCGGAAACAUAACACUCAUCACAGGUUUCUUCUACUGGAUUGCUCAGUGUCUUGGCUCCAUCGUCGCUUGUCUUCUCCUCGUCUUUGUUACCAAUGGAAAGAGCGUACCGACCCACGGAGUCGCAGCCGGUUUAGGAGCGGUCGAAGGUAUCGUGAUGGAGAUCGUAGUGACCUUUGCUUUGGUCUACACCGUUUACGCCACAGCAGCUGAUCCAAAGAAAGGAUCGCUUGGGACCAUCGCUCCAAUCGCUAUCGGCUUCAUAGUUGGUGCCAACAUCCUCGCUGCUGGUCCAUUCAGUGGUGGCUCCAUGAACCCAGCAAGGUCUUUCGGACCAGCUGUUGUGAGUGGUGACUUGUCCCAAAUCUGGAUCUAUUGGGUGGAACCACUUGUGGGUGGUGCACUCGCCGGACUUAUCUACGGUGACGUGUUCAUCGGUUCCUAUGAAGCGGUAGAAACCCGAGAGAUCCGAGUGUAAUUAACCGGGUUUUGUGAAUGCUUGAUGUUUGCUUGUUGGUUGGUUUGAUGUUUUGUUUGCGUGUUUAUGUUUGGUGUCCAUUUUCUUCCAAGAUUGUAUGU